UUUGCUUGCUAUGAAACGAAGUAUUUUGUCCCUAGCCGGCUACUGUAAUGUGUAAUGUCGUGUUGCUUAGAGAACACCGACGUGUAAUUAGUAAGAAGACGGAAACUGGGUGAAAUGGCAGCGGUGCUAAAGAGCUGUGUGUUGGGCGGACUGCAGGGGCCCGGCCCGGGCGGGGGGUCACCGGUGGAAGAAUUGGACUGGGAUUCUUCACUCUUUGAAGAACUUACUGAUUUGGUUGAUGUAGAUAAUAUGUUUCCGGAUGAGAAAAAUGACCUUUACGGAAACCAUUUUGACAACCUUGAUUUCAACAUGGACCUGAUGGCAUGGAAUACUUGUCCAUGGGAUGUCCCUGGUGACGUUAUCAAACUAGAUCCUUUGUCUCCUCCAUCAUCCAUCUCCUCUGUGCCUUCCCCUUCAUCUGUUGAUUCUUUAGCCUCUUCUUCUCAGUUUGUGCCAGAAGAUUCUGAUGUAUCCAGUUCUCAGCUGUCUCCCAUAUCAUUGUACUCUGAUUGCUCAAAAAGUCCCAAGUCGCCAGAUUUCCCUGAAGAGAAACCUUUAAUAAGUGCACGCCAGACCACAGGUUCUAUUACACAGCGGAAGCUGCCUCCAGUGGUACCGAAACCAUCCAUUCAACCCAAAGCUAUAAUAAUUCCUGCUACUGCUGAUAUUCAAGCCUCCGCAACUGUUGCACCCAAAACAAUAAUUUUCCAGCCUCUAACAACACUUCUACCAAAGCAACAACCUCUUAUUACCUUGCAGCAAGCACCUUCUGCUGGCCAACCAGUCCUGCUUGCCCCUUCUACGGUGGUGCAGCUUCCUGCUUCCGGUAUUGUUACUACACAGCAAGUCCUUACUGUGGGUGGAGGUACAGCAACAAUCCCUACUUCAUCUAUGAACAUCCUCACCCCUACUGUUCCACAAUGUGCUAAAAUGUCACCAGUUAAACCCGUCAUGCCAACAUCUGUGCAAUCUGUGGAUUCUGGAACAGAUAUAAAUGUCUUAAGGAGGCAACAGCGAAUGAUUAAAAACCGGGAAUCGGCCUUCCAGUCUAGAAGAAAGAAAAAGGAAUACAUGCAGACACUGGAAGCACGCCUGAGAGUAGCCCUCUCUGAGAAUGAGAGGCUAAAGAAGGAAAAUGGAUCCUUGCAGAAAUUGCUAGAAGAAGUUGUAACUGAAAAUCAAAAGCUCAAAGUGACCGCACCGAAGAGAAGAGCCGUCUGCCUAAUGAUGGUGGCUGCAUUUCUACUGCUCAAUUUUAGCCCAUUAAGUAUUCUGGAAUCAAAGCCAGGCUCCUAUGAUGUUGAGGUCAGCCCUAUCCGCCACAACAGGCAUCUUCUUGGUUUUUCAGCUAGUGAUGAAAAUGUAGAAGCCCAGAAAGUUCCAGAUAAUACCAGAAAUGAUAGGUACAUUUCCAAUGAAAAGGCAUUGAUGGUAGUAAAGGAGCCAUUACUCUACAUUCCUCAGCCUCCUCCUUGCCAACCACAGGUUAAUAAAACACAGACCCUCAGGUUAAAUCAGGAACUGCGUGGUUGGAUACACAGGCAUGAGGUCGAGAGGACCAAGUCCAGAAGAAUGACCAACAGCCAUAAGGAACAAAAGCCAGAGGAGAAAAGUGGCAAUUCUGAACUUGUGACAAUGCAGUAUACAGACACCAGUAUCAGGAACUCUAACGAGCUUCAGGUUUAUUACUACUCCCCAAGGAGCUACCAAGACUUUUUAGAAGCAAUCCGCAGGAGGGAAGAUACCUUCUAUGUGGUGUCAUUCCGUAGGGAUCAUCUUUUGUUACCAGCCACCCACAGAAAUAAAACCACUAGACCAAAAAUGUCAAUAAUACUGCCAUCAACUAAUGUGAAUGAUAAUGUGAUUAACGGGCAGGAUUUUGAGGUGAUGAUGCAAAUAGACUGCGAAGUGAUGGACACCCGCAUUCUACAUGUCAAGGCUUCAACGAUUCCUCCAUUUUUACGAGAGCACCGAGAGAACCAGACAAAUUCGUUCUACAACUCUCCCACAUCUGGCCCGGAACCUGCCCAAGUUGUGAGCGCAAUAUAAAAGUCCUUACCAUGAAGGAGACUGAGAACAGUGUUUAAUCCACUUGCUGCCUCAGUGUGUGUACUGGAGACUGCCAAGGAAGCAUUCGGUGCAAACAAACAUCACAUAUAAAUGUUAACAUUCACUUGCCAUCAGUGCAUAGACAAUAGUUUUAGUUUUUUUUUUUUGUGUUUUUUGUUUUUUUUUUCCUUACAGAAUUUCCCAAAAUAGAAUUUAGAAGUAAAAAUAAGAAUCUCACAAGAAGAGCAAGUAGGAUGCAACUAAAAAAAAUCCAGAAAGUUUGUUACGUGUUAUCUUGCUGUUGUAGACAAAUCAAAAAUUGCUAAGAUGAGCUUAUAUUGGAUAUUUUACCAAACCAGGAUCUUUUAAAGGUCAAGUAUACAGUUCCCUUUACACAGGAAAAUCCACUCAAGGUCAUGAAACGGGUACAUCAUGGUCAAAUUUGUCCAUCCAGGUGCUGAACUAAAUCCAAGUGAUCCAAUUAUUUGGAUCCCAGGCCUCACCUGACAGGACUGGUGAGGCCUCGAUAACUAUAUCUGACAUUAUUAGAAUUAAAUUUUAGUUGCGGUUUGCCCCAAUAAUGGCAAUAAGCUGUUGACUUUAGCAAGAGUGGCCAGGUUGGCAGACAGUGUCAGAUUAUCAUAGAGACAUAGACAUUUUAAAUGUGUAGUAGUUGGAAAUUUAUUCCAAAAAUAUUUUUUGUACAAAUUAUAGUCCAAUUUAAAUGUUUCCAUAUUAUUGACUUUACUUUGUAAAUUACUCCUUAGAGUGCUACUUACACACAGUGUAGAUACACUCUCAGCCUUUGGCCUUAAUAUUGUUUCAUUUGUAAGUUAGCUGCCCUUCCCAUUUACUUUGUGAUAUAGGGACAAGCCUUAAGCAAUACAAACAUCCACUGUCCUUUGGCAUUCCACUGAUUCAUUAAUAUAGCCUUAAGGGAACCCCCUUAUCAAGCUUAAUACAUUAUUAUUUGCUGUGCAGUGUUCAUGGUCAAGGGUAGGACACUAGAUUGUCUUUGAAAAAAAAAUGAAAAACUUUUAUUUAAAUAAUGAUUUAUUGCAGCUUAAAAGGUGACUGCUGCAGCAAAGUGUCACACUGCAAUGGAUGCCUGUGGGACAGCCUGCUAACACUUUCCUUUGCUCUCCUGGGAGCAGGGAUGCCUAGUAUCUUCCUAGGAAAUAAUGAAACCUAUUUCUACUUAUGUCUCUCCCUAUGGCAUCUUUCUGGGGAGAUGCUCCUUGGCAGUAGAAACUGUUCAAGUUCUAUAAUUUUAUUCUUAGUAAAACAUUUCCCCUUUAUAAAGUCUUCACUUGCUAAAACACACUAUGUAAGCCACUAUGUUGCUUUGAUUACUGUACACUGAUACAGUAGAUUUACAAAUAGCGGUUUAAAUUGAAAACCUAGUCUUCUCUUAAACACAUAAACAUAAUGCCCAUUAUAAAUGUUUUAAUUACUUAGACACCUGCAUAAGGCAGACUAAGCCCCCCUUGCCCCCCCAGCUUACCCUUAUGAGCUGAGCCCUCUAAGGGACAUGCCUGCAUUGUCAGGAAGGACAAAGGUUGCCCACAUCUCACUCAAAUGUUGGUGUGGAUGGAUAAUUUUAUUUAUCUUUAUAUUUUUACACUGGGAUAUUAAGUUGAAUACUGUGCUUAAUGUAUAAUUUUUGUAUGACUGAUGUUUGAUACAAUUUUGCUUUAUGGGUGGGUGUAUUAGAUGGGUGGGUUCUGGUGGAAUAUUUUUCAAACCUAUGUGCACUAGUAAAGGAUUUCCACAAUA